UCGCACGUGGGUGUGUCAGUCAUAGUUGACGUCGCAAAGAAAAGGUCAAAUUUAUAGUUGUAAAGGCUAAGAGGGGAGACAAAAACUUCAGAUAUGAUGCUGGGAAAACCUUCUUCAAAUAACAAACCGGUGUUGCUGUUUAGUAAUCCCCCAAACUUCGAAGAACUAUACGCCAUAAGCCUAUUAGUUACGAAUCCUCAACAAGGCGUGCAUUCCUCGAGAAACCAAACGCGGAUUCUCAAAUGCAGGGAACUGAUAUUUACCGAACCAGACAUCAUUGCUACCCCUAGUUUUGGAGAUGACUGCAGCAUUACUCUUAUUUUACAACAUUCCGUGUAUGUAACUGGUAGACUCCAGGCAAGGUUCCAAAGAAUUGGUCUGAAGGCAAGUAAGCCAAGCAGUGUGACUCAGGCAUUGUUCCAAGCUUGUAUGAUGUAUACCUUACAUGCUAAGUUAGCACCAAGUUGGAAUAAAGCUGGGCAGUGGCUGCUCCAAGGGAGAGACUUUUUAACCAGGACAUCCUGUUUGAAUGCAGUGAAGAUGUCCCUAACAGUAACAGCAAAUGAUGUCAGUAUGGCUCUUCAAGCUACAGCUCUAAGAACAUCCCCAUAUCAGCUGAAUGACCUAAAUUUACCCACAUCUGUACAGAAAGAAUUCCUGAAUGAGCCACAGCCUGUUAUCCCUGAGACCUUUUUGAUGAACAGUUGGUGCCAUGUCUUGCCCAGUAUGAAGAAAGGCAAAAUAGUUGGUGUGAGUAGGGUAAUUCCGGAGGACAGUCCAUUCAAAACCUACAGGGAUUUAAAGAGGCACUGGAAAAAUACAUAUGGAUAUCGCCUCCCUGAUACAGACGACAACAUACUGUAUUACCAGAUAUACUUCGGGCCUGUUGGUCAUACGCUGUUCACAUAUCCACAUGUAUGUCUGAGAUCUAGAGAGUUCCAUGUAUUACCUAGAGUUGAUCCCAGAUCAAUCUAUGUCAGCUUUCUUCAAGAUGUAACAGCCAAGAUGCCAACUGUCUGUGGCCAGUGUCUCAGCUUUAAACCAAAGGUGAAAUAUGCCAAACCAGGACUGUCUGCUGUGUCUGAGAAUUUGAAACAGUCAAACCUAAGUAACAGAAUUCUGAAGGCAAAUUACACCACCAGGGAUCCAUCAGAGUUACAGAAUAUGUAUGACAGCAGGAGCCAGAAUGGCUAUCUGAAUAUGAAAACAACCACUACAUCUGUUUCUGCAGGCAAUUUGACCAGCAGCACAAAUCAACCAAUUGUACAACCAGAACCCAUCCCUCAAUCUCCAGUGAACAAAGUUGUUAAUUCCUCAGGGAAAAUUGUUCCCCUCUUUAGGACAAAAGUAGCCCCAGUGUUUAACGUAACACCACAAAAGAGAGCAGUUGAAAAGAAACUUGUACCAGUGUUCAGAGUUGUGAAGACUGCCAUGCCUCAGAAUAUUCCAGGCCCAACUCCAAUAGGGGUAUCAUCUGUUCAAGACCAAUACUCAAGGCUAGAUUUAUUGCGUCACAAUAUAAACAUGUCUGAAAGAAGAAAUCCAACUCCCCCCACUCCAGGACUAUUUGAAAGGGCAAUUGAUUGCCCAGUUCCACUGCCUGUUACAAGGCCAAACACAAGUGUACCAGGAUUCAAUCCAUUCCUUGUUCAUGACCAUUUGGAAGGGGAUGACUUCCAGCUUCCCUGUCCAGCCACAUGGACAAGCCAGGAGGAAUUUGUUGGGAAAUCAGCCAAACGAAAGGCCAGACUGGAGUCACCAGUGGUUAAAAAGCCAAGAGGUAAACCUCAAGUCCACGAAAGUGUCAAUGUGGAGGUCUUAGCAAAGACUCACCAGUUAUCUAAAGUUAAUGCAGCAACACUGGUGGCAUGGAUGAAAGAACAUAACAUUCCCUGUAAAGCCAAGGACAAGAAAACAGAGCUGAUGGAUAAAGUGAACAGCUUCUUGCAAGUUUCAGCUUCAGAACAAUAAACGCAGUAAAGCCUAGAAAUACUGGUAAUGAAGCAUUCAGGUCAUAAGAAAGACAAAUCACAGUGUAAGUUUUGCUUUUAAGACAUUAUUCUCUAUAUACUUUAUUAUCACAUUUGCCUUUGGAAUUUACAAAUGCACAUUUACAUGUACAUGUAAUGAGAAAGCACACAAAAGGUUUAUUAAUGUCCAUCCUUAACAAAUACUUCUCAUUUGAUUUGAAAACAUUUCAGUGUUUAUAACCCAAUGAUGAUCACAAGUAUUUUUUCCCAUUUCAAGAACAUUUAGAAAACGAGUUGCAUAUAUAUAAUGUAUGACAUACCAAUUCUACCUGCAAGGUAAUGGCAAAAUAUUUAUUGCAAUUGUAAUAGUUAAACUUUCAUCUGCCUGUGAUAAACUAAACAAAGGUACGUGUGCACAAAGCUUUAUGUGUUAAAUAUUAUUAAACUUAAAGUGUGGGAAUGAUGUUGUGUACUGAAUUGUAAUGGAAUAAACUUACUACAUGCACAGCAUUAGUGGACAGAAUAAUUGCAUUAUAGUUGUUGAUAUAACAAUUUUGCAUUUCUAAAUAAAUCAGUGUGGUAUUCCUUAUUAAUCCAACAUGUUUCCAUACAUUGGAGUAUAUUAUAUAUUUUAUAAUGACAACACUUUCACAAUGUGAUAAUCAUGACAAAAUGUCAGUUUGUUAUUAACAUAUCUCUGAUUUAUCACUCAGCUACAUGUACAAGGUGAGACAUUGAAAGACAUUCCUUUAAUAUUUGAAUUCAUUUAGGUCUUGCAUCUCCUGUCCAUUAGCGCAUCCUGUGAAUCUUAGGUCAACAUAAUUGUACAUUUAAUACUCAUUUUUGUUUGAUAAUCCCAUACUUGGACGCAAAGUCUAUAAGAACAUUUGUUCUAUAUGUAACAAUUCUACAUAUACAGGUAGCAAAACUCAAAAUGAUAAAAUGCAUAUAAAAUAUACAUGUACACAUUUUAAUUAUAUAUAGAUAUCUUCAGCAUGAUGUUAAUGUGCACAAUAAAAUUAAUAUAUUUUUCAUUUUUAAUUACCUAGCUAUAUUACAGAGUUUUAACAUGAAUUAUUUGUACAUGUAGCACCAUUGCACAGCAAAUGACAGAGAAUAUGAGCAUUUAUCAACGCAGCGACAAUACAUGUGCAAUUUUUAUACAAAGUGAAACAGCAAGGACAUUGCUAUCGUUAGAUUAUCCUAAAUAAUAAAGCUAUUAAUACCUAAUAAGACAUGAAUCUAAAUGCACCAACUUCUUCAUUACUUUUUGGUAAAAUUAUAGCUGUUAACACUGAUUUCACUCAAAUGAUCAUACCACAACACUCUAAAACUGCCAAUUACAUUGACAUAGCAGGAGUAGUCAUGCAGAUGUUUGCUGGACGUUAUUUUACAGAACAACCUCCUCCUCCCCUCCCAUGAUAUGCAAAUAUCAGGUUACACAGGUAUACCGGUACAUGUUUUACGCCAUACUCAACAAUAUUUCACUGAUGUUAUUGUGGUCAGGUUUAAGGGCUCUAAAAAUACGAACAUAGAGAAAGGUCACCACACCUCAAAAUGUACCUGAUCAACCUAAUGGCAUAAUGACGAAGCAAGACUGUAACAUUUUAACGUCCAAAAUACAUCACAGUGUAAUAAUGAAUCUUACAUACACAUGUAUCAUUUACCUGGACAAAACAACAACAGAGCGUCGAUAACUACAUGUCCGACUUAACAAACUUAACAACACAUAAAAACAUCACAACAAA